AUGUGCGGGUGCGCGCGACACACGAUGAGGGCGGCAGCGCGAUCACUAUUAGGGGCGGUGCGCGACUUCCUCGACCAACACGUCUCGCUCCACACGGUGAUGAACUCUGGCGAAGCAGACGGUCCGGCAUGUCCCGUGGCGAUCCACCCAUAUGGGAUGACGUCAGCCGGAGCGUUGACGAUGAACGGCAUCGGCUCCGGAGCACUGCAAAUGGGUCCAAUUGCUACUACUACAACGCUCGGCUCAGCUGUAAGCUUGCCGACCGGAUUAGCCUUGGGUAAUAUCGACAUCACCAACUCAUGGUGUCAAUUUCCCAGCUAUCAUGAUAUUCGGCCUGUUGAAAAUGGUAGCUAUGAGAGCGAGAUCGCUAGUAUUAAUUAUCAGGACAUCUCGACGGCACAGAAAUAUGAGCCUCUGAAGUAUGAUUACGGCGAUAUUCGACCGAAACAGUACGAGGAGCAGCGCCUCUAUCACAAAGAACCAGAUCGUCCGACGGUCAAGGAAGAAGAAGUGAAAUUCGAGCAUGAGGAUCGUUGCGACACAGCGGGCCGUGAUGGAGGAGCAGCUCCAGCGAAACGAGGCCGUCCCACCGAAAAUCCCUGCUGGGGAUAUUUCAUUCGUCUGGAUGAUCAGAAUGUUCGAUGUCGUCUGUGCAACAAGGUUGUAAAAUCGGCUUGCGCAACAAAUAUGACGAAACAUCUGGAGCGGCAUCAUCAACAGGACUACCAGCAGCUCAUUGUACAAAUCAAACAGUACAGACAACAAAAAGGACCUGUCUCUAGUGGCGUUUCGUCUCCGGAAACGCACCAACAGUCGUGUAUUCUAUCCACUAAUCAAUAUGUGAAGACAGAAAACUAUGCGCAACAAUUAUAUUCUCAGUUCGAGAGGGAAGACGUACUGCGGAACUGUACAGGAUACGAUCGACAUGAUCCAUCGAUCACAUGGCAAAGAAAUCAAUGGAAUCAAUGGCCGAAUACCCAUGAUCCUACUACCUCCAGCAUUGAUAUGACAGGAGUACUCCAUGGCUGCCUGGCAUCUCCACCAACUAGCUGGACGGCAGCUGCUCCCGGUACUUCCGGUGCCACUGAAAAGCCCUAUAUGAAGCGGAACAGAAAAACGGAACACCCGGUCUGGGAAUACUUCAAGCGAACCGCCGAUGGUAAUGCACAGUGUGGUAUAUGUACUGGUGUGGUGAAAAGUCCGUGUUCGUCGAACUUCAUGCGACAUCUGAUGCGACACCACUCAUCCGAAUAUAACGACGUUUACGUGAAAUGGGUUCAAAAAAGAGCCCCUAAUAAGUGA